GUCCGCAUCGCCCUAUUCAACAUCGCUUGCGACUUUCCGGUUGCUCGUAAAGUAGGAGAGUUCACGUCGCACUGUAGCACCGGUGCUUGCAACAAGUACACAAGAGAGUUCCUCGUUCUCCCAGGCACCACCAAGCUCGAUUACUCUGCCCAUGAGAUCGAUCGUGCAAAUGGAUUGAGAACACGGGAGGGCAAUGCUCAAGAUGCACAACGGUGGCGAGACGCAACAACACACCAAGGCCGUUAUGAGGUCGAGCGUGGCAUGAGCACGCGCUGCACGCGCUGGUCGCACAUCCACCGACUCCGUUACUUUAGUCCCGCACGAAGCACUGUAAUCGAUCCAAUGCACAACCUUUUCCUUGGAACAGCCGAUCGCAUGGUGCGUAUCUGGAGGAGUCAUGGCUUACUCACGGAUGCUGAUGGAGUCAGAGUGCAAGUGAUGGCUGAUGCACUCGUACUACCACCUGGUGUGUCAUCAUUACAGCGAAAAAUCGAUCGCAAGUUUGGUUUCAUGACGGCCGACGACUGGAAGGCGUGGACACUGGUGUGUUCGCCGUUCGUUUUGAGG